UUAGGACACUAGCUGUUAUUUGUUGAGAAAGGAAAUUGAAUUAAUAAUUAUGUGAUAAAUAUCUUUGAUAAGGUUUUUAAUACAUUCGCACUUCAAUUGGUGACCGCGAUUCACUUGCGAUGGCUCUUUCGUCUUUUGACGAAAGUCUUAGUGAUAAAGUUUCGGAGACGGGAAAUAUUGAAAAUGGACGGUCGAUUUUGUUCUCUGAUCCUGGGGUUCAAAACUCAUUCGUCGCCAGUCCAACAAUGGAAGAAGCACCACCGCGCCGGAGGACAAUGUCCCAACCAGGACCUAUAUCUGGAAGUCUUCAGACCGCUAUAGCUGCCCGCGCGAAGCGGCGAUUGCGUAGCGUCAUGUACGCUGAAGAUGCUGAACUAAGCCCGGACAAAUUGAACAAGCUAAGUGUGGUCAUCAGAGAUGAUUAUUCUAUACCACCUGCAACACCUGCUAGUGAAAGAAACAGUCAAAGCCCUUACAUCUAUAACAACAGAAAUGGUGACAUAAAAUCGCUAAGUAAUUAUCGUCUUCAAGUAAGCGAUGUGAGAGGUGGAAAUACGCCUCGUAAACGUUCAGUUGUCACCAUGGAUGCCCAAUCUAUACGGUCCAUGGAAACGCAGGCGCCACCACCGACCAGCCCCGAAGAAAAUGCCAGGCUUUCAACAAAAUAUCUAGCACUUAUACUAAGUUCUAUGUAUGCAAUAUUAUUAGUGACGCUCGGUUUACUAAUUUAUCCAUCAGAGCCUUUUGUGGAAUUAUAUUCGCCAUCAUUGAUUUACUCCAUCUGUCUGUUAGCUAUUGGAUUUAUAUUCCAAUCAUAUUUAUUAUUGGAUAUUGCAAGAUACAAAACGGUUGCGAUGAAAAAUCAGAAGAUUAAAGGAAUGCAUUUGGACAAGUUUGCAGAGUUUUUCAGGAAACAGGAGGAAGAUUUUGCCAACGAUGGUGAUAGGACUCCGGAGUUAAGUCGGAAUAGCGCCAUACCUUCUCCAGUACUCAUACCAUUGACACACGAUUAUUGCUUCAGCCAUGGAAGACAUUCUGGAAGCUUCUAUUUGAAACUGGGAGCUGCAGGUUUUGCAUUAGGUCAUCUAGUGCAUUCCGUACUGCUCAUUGCAGUACAAGUAGGAUAUCUACUGGACGAAACAAUAUCGAACGAUGAAUGCGUCAACGUACUCCAAGUUGUGUUUGACGUCGUGCAGCCAUUGUACUGUUUUAUACAACUGUAUUUCAUCUUUAAGUACUGCAAUGUUCUUAUAUUGAGAGGACAGAAACUGGCAUAUUUCGGGUUCAUGCACAUGAUUGGAAGUAGUUUAUGUUUCUGGAUAUUUAACAUUGUACGUGAAACCGUUUUAGCUUUGACGAUUUAUGCUAGUCAAAAGUAUGGAAAUAACACAAUAGACAACACUGAAGAUGUUAUUAUCCACCUUGACAUAAGCGGUCUGUACAAUGAAAAUUGCACCGGCUCUCCACUUAUGACCACUAUUAUCUCCAACGUAUCCCCGUAUUUAUAUCCAUUUGGAGUUGAAUUCAAUAUUUUAAUUGUUGCCGUUUAUUAUAUAAUAUGGAGCAAUAUUGGAAAUUGUGAAAACAUCGACGCAUCUGAAGGAAGUUCCACUUACGAUGAUACUCAAACUGUUUGCAAAAUACCAACAGCGCACGAAGAUAAUGACUACACAAGCAACAUUGUGAUAUACGCGGACUGUCAUGCGUCGAACAAGGGACUGUUUUUGGGCCUAAUUCUUACAGUUAUCGUUGUUGGCAACUUGAUUCUGGGCUUUGUUUUGGGAAACCUUGGAGCCGACUACGCUGUGGUCGGAUACACAAUUAACAACUGUGUUAAACUUGGUAUGCACACCAUCAUGCUGCUAGCGGUGGUCAUAGCAUUUAACCAGAUGAGGAAACUUCACAUAAACGAACAUCCCAUCUCUCUGCUGGACGAUAUUCUUCUAUUCGUCUGUUUACCAGCGUUUUUCAUAGAGACGAGCCUGUCUAUGAUAGCGACUGUUAAUAUUCUCAAUAUUAUACGGAGUGUGGAUUUCAUGAUGAUGGUAAUCCAAGUGAUCCUUCAAACCGCCUUAUUGGUCGACGGAUUGCGGCGCUGCAGUAACACGCGAAAACUGAGAAGAUCGAAGCCAGGCAGGGAAAUUCUCAUGUUCCUAUUAAUCGGUAAUGUCGCCAUGUGGAUGAUUUAUACAUUUUCAUAUAAAUCACCUGAUUCUUUGGAUGAGCGGUACAAGUUUUUCGGGAAGGAGUUGUGGAGUAUUUUGGGGCACAUUUCUCUUCCCCUUAUUAUGUUCUAUAGGUUCCAUUCUAGCGUUUGCUUCUCUGAUAUCUGGGAUGCAGCGUAUAAGCCCGGGUCAGAGCAUUAAUAUUCCGUGUCUCAAUUGGACGCUAGAUAUUUUUAUAAUGAUUUCAAAAAAUAAUUUUAUUAAAUUCCGAAGGAUUUGCCGCAAAAGGAUAGAUCGUUUUAUUACUUGCGUUUACUGAAAAAAUAAUUCUUUUUUUAUGUCAUAUAACGUUUAAGUAUUAAUAAAAUUUGUAUUUAUUUAUGUACAAAAGCUUA